GAUAAUAUUCGUGUUUUUCUUGAUAAAAUGACAAAAAAUUCUGCGAAGAAGAUGAACUCAUCAUUAAUCAUUGUCGUAAACUCGUGUUGAGUGAAUGCAAAAAGCAUUAUUAUUGUAACGAUAUCGUUGUAUAAUUUCAUUCAGACAGUCUUCUCGCAAGUAGUGCAUCAUGGACGACACCAGUAUACGCGAAAAUGUCACGUUCAGAAUCAAACAUUUACUACAAUCCAACGGUGUUAAAUUAUGGUUACCUCCGUAUUAUCAAGAAGGUUCCUCAGAUCUGACAUUCAACGAUAAAAUCGUGGAAUUGGCAGAAGAGUACAAAGACGUUGUGAACGCUGACUUUCAAUUAUGCGCAGAAAUUCUGCUUGAACUGCAGGAUAAAUGUUUGCAGCGAUUACAAGAGCAAAAUAAAUUCAAAGCCGAAGGCAUGGCAUCGAUUACUGUCAAAGUAUCUGGCCAAAAUGUACCCGAAUUCACGGUGCAUUUACGAUUAUCCGAUAUCACCGAAUUAUUGAGACAAAACAUCGCUGAAAAAGUCACCAUUUCUGCUGAAAGGUUAAAGUUGAUUUCGAAUGGAAAAAUUCUACAGUCCGAUUCAACAUUAGAACAACAGGGAGUUAAACAUGGCAAUACUGUCUUGGUGAUUGUUCUUCCUUCUCUCAAUGCUAGCGAUUCACCUUCGAGUUCGAGUUCUGUGGAUAAUGUUGAUGAGAAGAUACUCAAUGAAACCAUGAAAGAUUUGGAGUUUUUGACACAAAAAUCGAAAGGAAAAAAUGUAUUUUCGGUCACUAAUCAAUCUGGUCAUUUUUUGAAUAUCCCAGAAAGCAGUCGUCAGCAUUUACUGGCCGCGAUGACAUUGCACGAGAAAGGUCGAUCGGCUUUCAAAAGGGGUGUUUAUUCUUUAGCGUUGGUGUUUUAUCUAGAAGCCGAUAACGAAUUCAAACUGAGUCGUUGCGAUUUACUAGAUAAAGUAGAUAACUACGGUCUUUUGAAUUUGGAUAUCGUUUGGUGUUAUCUUCACUUGAAAAGUGUCCAUUAUUUAUCCGAUGCUGAAACAAGAUUGAGAAUUUGCGACGAGUCAUUCAGGAAAUGCUAUGGGCCUAAUUUGGAACGUUUGAAAGCCGUGAAAGGAACUUGUGGAAAUGAAAGUGUUUUGUUGGUUCGACUUCAUUUAUUGCAAGCUAUUUCACAUCAUCUUAUGAACAGGAAUGCAAUAGCUAGAGAAAAGUUCAACCAAGUGGAAGCAGAAUUGAAAAGCCUUCGAGUAGAUGAUGAAAAAAUAACAACUUUGAUCGGGCAAUUGAAUUGUACUCCGAAGGAAGCGAGACUUGGUCUUCGAGCAUCCUUUAAUGACCCAGACGCAGCGUUUAAUUUCAUUCUCGAGCAGAGAGAACAGAAAAAACGAAGAGCGGCUGUGGAAAGAAUUAAGAGCAUCACAGAUGGUUGUAUUUGCGCUGAUGGUGCUCCUGUUGACCCCGAAAAAGUGAAACAACUCGUUGAUAUGGGUUAUUCGCAACUUUUGGCCAUCUGUGGUCUGAAGAAUUCCAAUAACGAUAUGGAUAAUACAAUCAUUUGGAUUAGCAACUACAUCGCAAAUUUAAAGAAUUUAUACCCCGCCUACGUAGCAGAUGUGAUAACGAACAUCGAUAUAAAUUCGCGUUCGUAUUUCAACAUAUUCAACCUCCACAAGUACGAACUGAACGAACCGUGUAUUGCAAAUUUCAUCGCAAAAUCAGUCGGAGUUCAACAAGCUACGGAAGUUUUUCCUACAGUCAAUUUUAAAACUAAAAAACCUGCUGAAACUUUGAACUCGACUUCAUCUCCUGGAACUUCGACACCUACACCAGCUCCGUCUUCUUCGUCGCGUCCACCUACUUUACCAGCAAUACCAGCUAUUCCAGCGAUACAUGAUCCGAAUUCGUUGUCUCCGGAGGAAUACGAUGCGUACGAACGACUCAGCAAGGACAUGUCUGAUACCACCGAUGAUUACCUCGAUUCUACUCUAGAAAGCGAAGAGAACUUUUUCGUUAUGUAUAAGUCAUUGCUGAAAUAAAGUUUAUUUACGCGGCGAAUUGUACUUGUUCACUUCGCUUAAUUUUUUAAAUUUUAUACUACGUAGGAGAGUUCGAAAGACUUAAUUUUUGAUUUUUAAGUUCGAAAAAUUGCAUGUCCUGUUCCUGUAUGUUUACAGUAGUCUAUAGCAAUUUUUCUCUUUUUAAUGCAUGUUUGUAACGUAAUAUUUGCUAUAAUUGUACCGAUGUUUUUAAUGAUAUCAUUUUUUGUUUGGUGCUAACAGAAAAUAAAUAAAUGAUCCACUGUU